AAUGCCUGUUACUACCUACGCCCUGCUUUUAUACAAUUCCUUAUCAGUUGUUUAUGCCUUGGCUGUCAACAACAAGGGUCUAACCCCAGAUAAGGAUUGUUCACAACAAACAGGGUUACCCGUCAAGGGGGUUGAUUCUGGCAGUUCGGUACCAUCUACCCUAGAGGCAACAUCUACUCCAACACCUCUACCAUAUAACAAUGGCUGCCACUUGUUGUCAAUUGCACCAUUUGAAGUUGCUUAUGUAAAAGAAUCCGAUGAUGACUAUUGUCCUGAAGAGAAAUUAUGCGAAAUACAGCCUGAAGACGAACCCUGUCCCAAAAAGGUGUUAUGUGUCGAGACUCCAAAAGUCGAGCCUUGUCCAGAUGAGCUGUUAUACAAAGCACGAGAUAACUAUGAUCCAGAAGAGAAGUUAUACAAAGUCCAAGCUAGAUAUGAGCCUUUACCAGUAGAACAAACAUUAAGCCAAUCACAAUCUGAAGAUGAACCUUGUCCAGAAUUCCGUUUAUGCAACUCACAAAUUGAGUGUAAUAGAGAUAAAAAAAGGGAAGAUUCCAUAAUUUAUAGAUCAGAUAUAUCGGCUGAUUGUGUGUCGAGUGCUGAAGAUGACUCACAUGAUAUAUCCUUUGAAAUUAAGAUUAAUAAAGAGAAAAAUGAGGCAGAAGACAAACUCUUUCAGCUGGUUAAAAAUUGGACAGAUUCUAAUGACAAUGAUUUGAAAACAUUUCUCAAUGAUCUAGAAGAUUGUCAUAGACUAUUCAAAAUAAAAGACAUUAUUUAA